GAAGUGGUGAGACCUCCUCCUUGUUUUGCUACAGAGUGCUCAACUUUGAUAACCAAUCAUACGUGAUCUCACAGACCAGUGGUCUAGUUGAUCUGUUUGGACAUGCGCAACUCGUCAGCGAAAUCAAGUCUUGGGCUCGUCAGAACCAUAGACUACAAGACGCAGUUUCCGCAACUUUCUACCUCGUUCUUGCCAUAGGCUACCAGUCUUCCGAGGAAGACCUUGCAUCUUCCUACUUUGAACAUGCGCGCAAUAUCGCCCUUGCAAACCUCAGCGGGAAUAUCAAUGUCCCAACCAUUCAGACGUUCAUUCUAGUUACUGUCUAUAUGCUCGGUUCAUGCCAAAUGAAUGGGGCAUUCCUAUUCUUCGGCAUCGCAGUGAGAGCAGCUUACUCGAUUGGGAUCCACCGCACAGAAAUCAACUCUCGUUUUGGUGCAGACGUCCAUAGACAGCGGGAUCGUCUGUGGAAGAGCCUGCGUGUCCUGGAUCUCUUCUUAAGUACAUCAAUGGGCCGGCCACCUGCAACAUCUGACGUGGAUUGCACUGUACCCUACAGGGAGUUGGACGAUGAGGGACAAGAAAUCUUCGAUCUACUCAAUGCCUCAGCGCAAAUAUUCUUGAUCACUGAAGGCAUCGUCGUAGAGGUGUACUCGAGAAGGAAGGUUUCGUAUCAAUUAACCGAGGGUAUCUCACGACAGCUACGAGACUGGUCAAUUCGGUGGUUACAGAGGCUAAAGGACACUGUUUCCGAUACUCGAUCUGACCAAGAAGCAAGCAAGGUGACAGGAGCAUGUCAGGUCCUUUGUUCCUACUACUACGCGGUAAUCUUGGUCUCACGGCCUUUCCUAAUGUAUGAAUUGCACAAGCGACUGGCCGACGGGGUGGCCGAGACACAAACGACAACUUCGGGUCUGACCUCUGGCAAGUCGAAACUUGCUGAUGCGUGUAUCGAUGCCGCAAGCUUCAUGGUCGACAUUUUAGUCGGCCUAGUCGAGAAAGGGGUUCUAAUAGGGCACAUGCCUUUAGUCGUCUCUUGGUUAUUUGCUUCAUCUCUCAUCUUGGGCGUGGGCCUCCUCGGAUCGUUUGGCCGCAUUUUGGAAAAGUACACGCGAAAUUCCAUAUUGGUUCUAGAACAUUUUGCGAAAAUCGAUGCCCACGCCUCACAGUACUCGCAGAUUGCAAAGUCAUUACUCAACGCUGCUCUUGAGUAUCUUGAAAAGAAGGAACUCAGAGAGCGUAUUCAGCGUACUGAAAGCUCAUCACAGCUUUUCGGGCUUGUCCCACGAGAAAGCACUGAGAGCAUCCACAACAUCCAAGCUUCAGCUACUGAGGCCAGUCCGAAUACAAGCACGGAUCGAAGCCUCGUGUCGAAGACACAUAACUCUGGCUCUGGCUUUCUUGGACUUGGUUCGCCAUCUUUUGUGGACGUGGACGCGUCAUUUUUGAACCUUUCAUCCUCCUUACCCAGAACGCCGGAUCUAUCUAUGCUUGAUGGAAGAAACGAGAUGGAUCAUGGGUUUGGGGAUCUGAACUUGUUCCAACUCCUCGAUGGCGACGGACACAUUGAUCUUGGACCUUAUAUUUAA